CUUCCUUCGACCGAAGUUUUCAUGCUGCUCGAAGCUCAAAGGUUGAGAUCUGUCGCAGGUGGAUUCUCCCGUGUGAUCGCUACAGUUAGCUAGCUGACUACAGGGGGAAAAGAUAGGAAAAUGACUGCAAUUAUCCCCCGUAUAGAGCAGCUGUCCUCUAGAGUUGUGCGAAUCCUCGGCUGCAAUCCUGGGCCGAUGACACUUCAGGGAACGAAUACAUAUCUGGUCGGAACGGGGAAAAGACGUGUGCUCAUAGACACGGGAGAGCCGUCAGUCCCGGAGUACAUCAGCUGUUUGAAGCAAGCCCUGACCCAGUUCAACACCGCGAUACAGGAGAUCAUCGUCACACACUGGCAUCACGACCAUACCGGAGGAGUGGGGGAUAUUAUUAAAGAUAUCUCCGCAGGUUCUGAGCUGCGGGUGAGCAAGCUCCCCCGCUAUCCAGCUGUUGAGGAAUUAACGGGAGCAGGAAAGAAAUACACGUACCUGAAGGACGGGGACGUCAUAGAAACAGAGGGAGCCACACUGAAGGUGCUGUUCACCCCCGGGCACACGGAUGACCACAUGGCCCUGGUGCUGGAGGAGGAGAGGGCCGUGUUUUCGGGGGACUGCAUUCUGGGGGAGGGCACGGCGGUGUUCGAGGACCUCUACGACUACAUGAACUCCCUGCAGAUCCUGCUUGCCUCCAGCGUUGACCUCAUAUACCCAGGACACGGGCCGGUGGUGCAGAACGCCGGGGAGAAGAUCAGAGAGUACAUCAAGCACAGAAAUCUGCGGGAGCAGCAGAUCCUCUCUCUCCUGCAGGAGGGUGCAGGGAAGGCAUUCAGCUCCAUGGACCUCGUGAAAGUGGUGUACAAGGACACCCCUGAACAUCUUCACAGAGCCGCAGAAGUAAACCUCGUGCAUCACCUGAAGAAGCUGGAAAAAGAUGGGAAAAUAAGCUGCAUUAAUGAAUCAACUCAAAAUAAUACAUGGAAGAGCAACCUGUGAGAGGAGAAGUGACUUCCUGUGACCUCCUGUGACCUCCAGCUUACCUGUCUGUGAUGGAGGAGGCAGGGCAGGAAGUGAGCUGCUGUCAGCUAAAGCUGGGAUUUCCAUUACUUAUGGAGGAGACCUGAGAUCACUGCCUUUUUAAACCACGAUCAAAGCCUGAUUCUGUUACGGCUGAAUCAAAAAUGUGCAGGGCUCGCAAUUAAGUGUGUAUCUUUUACAGGUUGGUUACAGGUUACAUCUUUUACAGUUGUUUUCUUCAGU